GCCGGUGUUGCACUGCGCAUGCGUAUAUGGCUGGGUCGCUCCAUUUUGGAUCGGCCAUUAACGCUAGCUAGCAGUUACCAGGGUCUUUUUUGUUUUGUUUAAGCUUCCUUAAAUCACUUUGUCUCAAAGUGUUGGUAAUAAAGAGUCGUCGUCGCUGCGUUCAAAUUUAAUUUUAAAUCCUUCUUCCUCAGGGAAAUGGACGGAGAAGAGGACGAGUUCAUGUCUGGGAGCCACUCCGAUGACGGAGGAGGCACUCCAGUUCAGGAUGAACAUCCAGCCUCCGACGGGGAAGAUUUGAGCAGCAACAGACAUCAAUCUGAGGACGAGGGCAGCAAUGACGAGGAUGCGUCCUACAACAAGCGACCGGAUGACAGUGGCUCAGACAAUGAGGCUCGGCCAGCUGUUGACAGCGACUCGGAGACAGAAGCCCCCGGUCGCCACGACAACGAGGGCAGCGACUCUGAAGCGGAGGUGCCGAGGCCGGCCGACAGCGAUGACGACUCUGUUGGAAAACGCAGGAUGAGCGUGUCAGACGACGAGGAGUCGUCACCGGUCAAACAUGCCGCCUCAGACAACGAGGAGGGGGAGGCGUCGUCCCCAGCCAAGCGCAGGGGGAGCAGCUCGGACAUGGAGGAAGCGGGGGACGCUACCAAAGCGGCCGCAGACAGCGAUUCCGGCAACGAGGACACCACAGCAAAGUCUCCUAGCCGCCACUCUGGCGCUGACAGUGACUCUGACGCGGAGACGCCCGCCAGACGCAAGGCUCCUAUUGACUCUGACGAUGAGGCGGAGACACAGCAGGGGGACACUGAGGACGGCGGAGGAGGCGGCGGCAAGUGGAAAGCUGUUAUGCAGUCAGACAGCGAGGAGGAGGAGGGUGAGAGGAGAAAGGCAGCCACAGGAAGUGAUGGAGAAACGCAGGGGGUGCAGAGAACCUCAGACAACAGCGAUGAUGAUAAUCAGCCAGUGAAGAGGAAGAAGGCCAUCCUAUCAGACAGUGAGGAUGAGGAACAGGCAGACAAACCAGCCAAGAAGAGUCGGGCCGUGUCGGACGACGACAACUCGGACAGCGACGCCGAAUCGGGGGGACCGGAUAAAAGUAUGGCGGCCAAACUUAGAGAGCUGGGUUCUGACAGCGGCAGUGAUGACGACGAGGGGUCAAAGGCCACGGCAGAGAAGAAGGAUGAGAAGACGUUGUUUGGUAGCGACAGCGACUCUGAAGACAACGAGGAGGAGAAAAUGAUUGCAGACAUCUUUGGAGAGUCUGGAGACGAGGAGGAGGAGGAGUUCACGGGCUUCAACCAGGAGGAUCUGGAAGAAAAGAAGGAGACCAAGGAGAAGCAGCAGAUGGAAGAGGAGUCGGAUUCUGAUGAGGGCGUCAACCGCAGCGGCCAAGACACCAGCUUCAUGUCCGACUUUGACAUCAUGCUCGCUCGCAAAAAGGCCUUGAGCGGGAAGAAGAGGCGUCACCGCGAUGGCGGGACGUUCAUCAGUGACGCUGAUGACGUAGUCAGCGCCAUGAUCACCAAGAUGAACGAGGCCGCCGAGGAGGACAGAACAUUGAACAGUCAGAAGAAACCGGCGCUGAAAAAGCUCACUCUUCUGCCUCAAGUGGUCAUGCACCUGAAAAAGCAGGACCUGAAGGAAACGUUCAUCGACAGCGGCGUCAUGUCGGCCAUCAAAGAGUGGAUCAGCCCGCUUCCAGACAAGUCUCUACCUGCGCUCCGAAUCCGGGAAGAGCUGCUCAGGAUCCUGCAGGAGCUGCCCAGCGUCAGCCAAGAGACACUGAAGCACAGCGGAAUCGGCCGUGCCGUCAUGUUCCUGUACAAACAUCCCAAAGAAUCCCGAUCCAACAAAGAUCUCGCCCUCAAGCUCAUCAACGAGUGGUCUCGACCCAUCUUUGGCCUGACGUCCAACUACAAAGGAAUGACAAGGGAGGAGCGAGAGCAGCGGGACCUCGACCAGCAGAUGCCUCAGCGCAGACGACUAAGUUCCGGAGGUCAGACACCGCGUCGAGACUUGGAGAAGCAGCUGACCGGAGAAGAAAAAGCGCUGCGACCUGGUGACCCGGGCUUCUGUGCCAGAGCUCGAGUCCCGAUGCCCUCCAACAAAGACUAUGUUGUACGGCCCAAAUGGAACAUGGAGAUGGACUCCAGCAGGGGUCACAUAAAGAGAGGGGGGCUGACCCGCAUGGACAAACAGAUGCGACGAUUCGCCGACAUCCGCCGCCUCACCAAGACAGGUCACGCUGUCAAAAUCAGCGUGGAGGGCAACAAGAUGCCACUCUGAUUUUAAGCCCCUAAGGGUUUAUUCUCUUUUCUUUUUUUUUUCUUUUUUUUUUUUUUAAACGUCAGUCAUGUGGCCUGAGAGUGAUUGUCGACUACACGUCAUCUCUUUGAUUAUCAAAAGAGACGACCUCUCACUGCGUUGCACUUUUUAAUGUACCGUGUGGCGCAUCUUCCCUCACGAACAAUCAUCUUGAUGCGUGAUGUUGACGCCAAUCUCUUGGCAGUGAAAAUGGGUUCUGUUAGUGACGCCAGCCCGUCAAGGUGAUGUCUAAGCGUCCGUGAAGCACGUUGACACCGAUGCCAUGGAUGAUUGGAGAGGUCACGACAGAACCUUUUGGACUAGCAUCCGUUCUAUUAUUUCUGUCUAACGUUUUUGCUGCUGCUCAGAUCUGUGGUCUGCUUGCAUCAGGUCUCAUUAGUGGUGAUGUAACAACUGUUUCUGGGUCCCUUUGUAGAGCCUCAGUCGGGCCCACACAGUCCAUGAUACUUUUUUAAUAAAAACUCAAAGCCAACUUGACUGUAAUAUUCA